AUGGUACCAGGCCUUCCCCGUACCAAGCCUUCCCCAGUUCAGGCCUUCCCCAGUACCAAGCCUUUAGUACCAGUCCUUCCCAGUACCAGUCACUCCCCUGUACCAAGCCUUCCCCAGUAUCAAGCCUUCCCCAGUACCAAGCCUUUCCCCAGUACCAAGCCUUCCCCAGUACCAAGUCUUGCCCAGUACCAGGCCUUCCCCAGUACCAAUCCUCCCACAUUAGCAGUCCUCACCCCACUAAGCUUACAUCAGGUCAAAGAAAUUACAACUUCCAACCUUCUCUUGUCCAAACGAUAG